AGCGCCGCCAUUUUGUGGGUUUGCCGAGCCAAUACUUCCGGUUGUAGAAAGGGUGACGAAAGCUGUGUAGCUGCCGGGAAUCUGUCAACAUCGGCUCUUUGGUUGAAAUUAGUUCCUUUGUUGGAUAUUAUUUGGACAUUACAAAAACAAAAUGUUGAGUGCAGGAGUGUGGAAACUCAGGGAGUUGACUGAUAAAGUCACCAAUGUGGUUAUGAACUAUUCUGAAGUUGAGACAAAGGUGAGGGAAGCAACAAAUGAUGACGCAUGGGGUCCUCAUGGCUCCUUGAUGAAGGAGAUUGCCCAGUACACUUUUACAUACGAACAUUUCCCUGAAGUAAUGGGCAUGCUCUGGAAGAGGAUGCUGCAUGACAACAAGAAAAACUGGCGAAGAGUUUACAAGGCUUUAGUGUUGUUGAGCUAUCUGAUCAAGAAUGGCUCAGAGAGAGUUGUAACCAGCACAAGGGAACACAUUUAUGACUUGAGAGGCUUGGAAAACUAUGCUUUCACUGACGAACUAGGCAAAGAUCAGGGAUUGAAUGUACGUCACAAAGUGAAGGAGCUUCUCGACUUUAUUCAAGAUGAUGACAGACUUCGAGAUGAGAGAAAAAAGGCGAAAAAGACAAAGGAUAAAUAUGUUGGCGUGUCCAGUGAUGUCAUGGGCUUUAGUGGCACAUCCUCUUACAGUGAUCGCUAUGACGAAGAACCAAAGAGCUACAGAGAUCGGCCAGGGAAAAUGGAAGAAAUUGAGGACUGGGAGACGGGCAAAAAGUCAGUUGUCAGUGGAGCACUAGACAAGGCUAAAGAUCUCUGGAAUCGUGCACAGGGCAGGCAUGCGCCUGAUGACAUGUAUGACUAUGACGGAGAUAGAUAUGAUGAUGAUUAUGAAAGGAAAGAAAAAGAACGAGAGAACAGAGAACGCAGAGACAGAGACAGGUAUGAUUUCAAAGAUGAUGAUGAAGAGUACACAUCUGUUGAAAGAACACAUACCACCAAAACUGAAAAAAUUACUACAAACAGGAGAUCUCGCUCUGUGGGCAAAAAACUAGACCUGGGCGCCUCCUCCAACUUUGGCAAAGAAGGUGACACUCAGAGUCAGACGUCAUCCACUCAGGCUGACAACGCACCAAACUUGUUUGACUUGGGGGAACCGUCUGGGGGACAGGAAUCCUUCGCUGACUUUUCUAAUUUCCAGUCGGCUUCUGGAGGGGAUGAUUUCAAUCCUCGUGGAAAUUCUUCAGGUGGCGACUUUGGUGAUUUUGCUCAGUUUGGAACCGCAGCAGCAGCAGAUACCUCAAGUCCGUCCAGUGGAUUUGCAGACUUCAGUCAGUUCAGCUCAGCCUCUACAACAUCGCCAUCAUCAGCCCUGCCCGUGCCGGCAGCCCCCCUUGCGCCCUCCACAUCUGCGUCUUCAUCGGCGGCCAAUGAUCUGUUUGAGGUAUUCGCUUCCCCAAACACCCCAACACUCACGCCCAUGCAGCCUGCUGGGAAUACCAUGCAGCAGCCCACCAACCUGAUGCAGGGCAGCAAUCCCAUGAUGGGAAACAACAUGAACCCCAUGAUGGGGUCAACGCCCGCCUCUGGAAGUAUGGGCAUGAUGAGCGGCUCUAACAUGACGGGCAUGAACUCCAACAUGGGAAUGGGAAUGCCACAAGGCAGCAUGGGCAUGCAAGGAACAAUGAUGCCAGGGAUGGUUCCAAUGUCAGGCAUGAUGCAACAACCUAUGAUGAUGCCCACCCAGCAGCAGAAUACCAUGAUGAACCCGGCUAUGAUGGGUAUGGGCGUGGGCCUCAGUCCCAGCAUGCAGGUGAAAACUGAAGCCUCUGUGACCCAGGGUCAGAGCAGCAUCCAAAGCGUGUCGUCUACCGGAGAGAGUAGCAAGAAAAAUAAUACUUGGACUGACUCCUCUGCUAAAGUUAACAUUAGUCUGGAAGGACUGACACCGGUGGGCUCCAAGUUCCAGAAGCAAAACUCUCAGACUCCCUCACUCAACCAGAUCCAAGGCACAGGCAUGGGCACAGGUGUAGUAAUGUGGUAUCCAGACAUGUACACAGGUAUGGGCAUGAUGUCACCAGGCAUGAGUGGUCUGAACCAGGGCAUGUCCAACAUGUCCCUACAGAGCCCAACUGCUGGCCAGCCUGUGAUGGGAGCCAUGCCAGUGAUGGGUUCAGGGCCCAGGCCAAUGAUGAACAACAUGGGCAUGGGAAUGAACCAGGGCAAUAUGAUGGGAGGUCCACAAGGAAUGGGCAUGCAGAUGUCCAUGAGCUCAAACAUGUCUGGCAACGCCUCCUUUCAACAUCGGACGGACACAGCGUUCUCCACUUUUGGCAAUGUAAAACAAUAAAUACUAGGGCCACUGAGAAUUUCACAUUUAUUAUAACAUUGGGAAAAAAAUUGAUAUUGUUAAUUUUCUUUUUCUUAAACAUAUAUAGAAUUUGUAAUAGUUGUAUUUUCAAACACUCAGAUUAUUUAAAGAUGAGCUUGUGACCUGUGUUCUUUUCGUAACUUACAUGAAACAGAAAGACUCUCUGCUUGUCAGACUUGUUUUUCUGACUUUACUUAAAAGCUCUUAUUUAGAGUAUACAAAUAAUUCUGAUAAUCAAAUUUGUCACUUGUAUCAAAAUUUUUAUAGAUUUUUUUUGUGCAAUGUCAGUUAUUGGUAGUGUAAGAGUACAAAAAUGAUAUUUAGUGUACACUACAGGUUGAAAUGAUGUGUAUGAAUGAGUGCUUCACUCUCUCGCACCUCAAGGUUUCUACUGUGGUUUUCAUGCUUCAGAUGUAUUCUUAUGAUAUAAUGGUGUUUUUUCAAGUCAUGAACAAAGCCUGUGAUUGAGAACUGGACCUUGUGGUGAAAUGAUUCCCAUCGAAAGUAAUCUAUACUAUAAUGUUGUUUCAGUCGUACGCAUCCUCUCAGGAUUUCCAUCACCACCCCUUGUAUAAUAUAUCAUUAUUCCUUGUCAAUGUCUAUACUUCCCAGUUUGUACAAAGCUUAUCAUAAUUGCAAAUGUGCGUGUUGUGGCUGUAUACCACGGAUCAAAUAUGAGGUGGAACGACUUGUUUGCGUUUCUGUUUCCUGCGUUUUGGGGGCUGAAGUUGUUAAGUGUAUGGUGGACACAUUCCAGUAGUCUGUUGUGGUUGUGGGGGAAGUGUGAUCCUUUGUCUGCUAUUUGAAUGGCUGUGCUGUGUGGAUGGUCCACUGCAGCGUCUGUUGAUCUCUGAUGCCUUUACCUUACAGUUUGUACUUCCUUACCUUCACUAAAUGGCACAGAGAUUGCUUUUUUAAAUCUUUGUCUUUUUAAAUAGCUUCCAGCUUUUUCAUCAUUAGCUGCAGAAGUAAUAUUGCUGCUUCAGUAUAGAGAAGGGAUAUAUAUAUACAUGGAAAAGAAUGGUAAGACAGCCAAAUGCUAAUCUUUUUCUAGAGGAGGAUAUUUCCAGUACUCUUGUGGACGUUGUAACAACACAGGCUCAGCUUUUCUACAUUGUGCAAUUAUAGUUUCAAGUAAGAUGCUGUGGUAAAGGAGAGUGCACAGUUGUUUGAACUGUUAAUGCCAGAUUGAGCAUUUCUUUUUGUGACAACUAGGUCUUUUCAGGUUCAACCUUACACUAGAUAUGAAAUCAAUCACAAAUUAUAAUAUUUAUGUAGUGCAAGUGUAGUAAAACUCUUACAAAAAACAAAUAGUAGGACAUUCUAAGACAGAACUGCGCAUUGACUGCCCAGUGCUGUCCUGGCGUUCAGAAUUGAUGUGUGUCAUGAGCUAGUGCUUACUUCUUUUUGUUGUGCUUCCUGAUGGAGUCCUCUGCAGCUAAACAAACAUCUUUUCAAGUUUCUCUUCGUCUCUUGAUUAGAGACCAUUCACUGCAAUAUUUGUGUAGCCCGUGUGCGCCCGGCAGUGCUGAGUGGAAGUAGCCCGGUCCACCCAAAGGGUAUGUUCCUGUAGUGCUCUAGUUGAGAAGCAGGUUGUGUACAUGUCUUAUACUUAACUAUGUUUUUUUGACCAUUGAGUACUGUUGGGUUAGAUGGAAUCUGUUUAGAAGGACUUUAGACUGCCACAGCAAUGCUUAGCCAAGUUUAUAGAUUGUUAUUUUAGUCUGUUGGUUUUAUUUUAUUGCAUAUGGUUUGUAUACUGCUCUUUGUGAUUUUCAUUGUUGAUGACUCGGAUGCCAAUGCCACUGUGUGUUGUAUAUCAUCAGAUGGUUUCUGAGAAAGGGCCAAGCUUUGUUUUAGGAUGUGCUAUCUUGGUCUGUAUUUUACUUAUUGGAAUCACUAUUACGUUAGAGUUUUGACCUAUGCUGUUCUUAUGCUCACUUUAUAGUGUACACACAUUUGUCUGACCGCCAAAUCACUUGGUAAAGUUAUAUUUGAUAUGUUCUGUAUUUACAGAGUUGAUGCCUAUUAGUUUUGUCUUUUAUGAGUUUGAGAAAUCAAGUGAGUAUUUUGUCAGGUGCAGUGUUGUUCAUUUUGUGCCUGCAGGGGUGGAACUAACCCCCUACAGUUGAGUAGGCCUAGAGUGCUUAUAUUACAAUGAAGGCAGUCUGAUGAUCUGAUUUGCUUUAGACAGCCAGUCUGACUGUAUAGAAUGAACUGAUCACUCUGAUAGUAACAUUUAAAUCUCCUGGUCUUCGUUCAUUGCGAUGAUCACAGCAAGCUGGGUUUUUUUGUUCCUGAGAGACGGAACUGCAACCCUAGAUGUUGUGUAAGGGGGGGGGGGAGGGGAGACGCUGGCAGGCUAGGAUGUACGUUAUGUUUACCAUUGUCCCCAGUUGUGAAGUAGUUUGAGCUUGAUUAUGUGUGUAAACAAACACAUUUGCAGGUCUGAGAUGGUCAUAUUGGAAGCUUCUAUACCAAUUUUCUUGAGUGUGUGUAAAUGGCAUCAGGUUCUUUCUCGUUCGGGACCAAAUGCAAUGUACUGUGUGUUUUAAAUUUUAUUCAUUUGGAUGUCUACAAAUUCUCCUUUCACCAAUCAUGUGCUAUGGACUACAGACUACAGCUUUAAUUGAACAAACCACAGACUUGCUAUACCACUGCCUUCUUUAUCAUCUUCAGUAAAACAGUUCAUGUAAAUGUAAGUUGUCCACCAUUUCAACUUUCAAAACGAGAUGAUGAGUUUGUCUGAGGAAGAGCAAGUUGUAUUAUUUUACACUUUGCAGAUACUCUGCUCUGUUGUUAUGUAUGAAAAUUCUAUUUUGCUGAUAUGUGAAAGAUUGUGGUUUGUCAAAUGAUGGGUUUGGCUUCAACUCUUUGAUUACACAAAUGUGAUACAUGAAAUUUAUCACAUGAUUCACAAGUUUGUUCUGCAGCAUAAUUCUCUUGAAGGAGACUGUUCAGUGAUGUUUUUUUUAUAAAUCUGUUGUACAUCUCUGUUGGCUGUCAAGUAGUCACUGCUGUCUGUUUCUGUUGAUGUUGAUGGGGAUUGGUUCUUAUCAUAGUUUGACUACACUCUGUAUAAUUAUGUAAUUGAAACGCAAAUUAUUAUUUGUACAAAGUGAUCACAUGAUAUGCAAAGUCAUAAUGACUUGAUUGAUAACUCUUUUCUGUGUUCCUAUUAUGCAAAGCUCUUGUAAUCUAAGACAGAUUGUCUGAACAAGUUGAUGUUUGAUACAUCUCAGUAUUCAUGUUGUGAAGUCCUUUUCAUUGUGCAUUGUGCCUGUUGUUGUGUAUGACUAUGAGAGACUGUGGGCCUGCAGACAGGAUUGUGUGUGCACUGUCAAUAAAGAUUUUAGUACUAUCUUAAAUAGAUACCCUGUACUCUAUUCUGGUUAAUGCUGCAUUGGGGCUAAUCUUGCAAUAUUAUGCAUGCAGAUUGCUAGCAUAUAGUCAGAGCUCAGAAUAUGUGUGAAUGAUGUCUAUAUGGCUUUGGUCAAUCAGUACCUUUUGAACCUUUAUUUCCUUUACCCAUCUCCCUUGGUUUGCGUACAAAGUGACAGAUUUUAAAAAGAAAUAUUUAUUGAUGGGCUGUGCAUAUCUUAUAAAUUAAUAAAGGAAAUGAUAUGUUUUGUUUUUGUGAAUAAUGGGAAAUAAUAAAAAGUACUGAUUAUA